AUGCCUGAUCUUUCUGACCAUAUCGAGAAUAUUCAUCUGGUGCCAACAUCAACCGGCAGUGCGACCAGAAACCACGACAACACCGACGGUGCAACUGUUUUAACAGAGCAAGAUACAGAAGAGCCAAGCCGGAAACGACUAUGCCAUGUGAACACAGACAGUCCUGCCCCAAUUGUGGGCAGCAAUAACACAAUAUACAAGUUCACAUCUUCGCAUCAGACAUAUCAAGCCUUGGAGGUGUCGCGUAUCAACCCAAAAACGAUUGACGCACUGUCAUCCAUUGUGACGAUUAUCGCCCCUUGUAAUCCGUCCUUGUCACCAGAUCUCCUCUUAGACUUGCGCGAACUUAAGGCGGCCCACGCAUCACUUGCUUAUCUCAAGCAAUUUCCCGCAACGUUUACCCUCCUGAUGGGCGCGAUGAACCAGCCUAUCGAGAAACUGCCCGUUUGGCUGUGGGGGAAUCCUGCUGAGAACGCUCUCUCUAUCGCGGAAAAGCAACUCAUACUGACCGUACGUUUUGUGCUGACUGAUUAUGCAAAUAACAACAACAACGAGCAGGUGGCACCCUUUUCCGACGUCAGCGAGCGAACUUUCCUCAUAAAUCAUGUCGUUCCCAUCUUUAAAACAUUCGGAAACCAAACAAAAUUGCUCUCCUUCAACUGGUGUGAGUCACAGCUCAUGCAACAUUCUCGGCAAUCUCGUGUCAUGGUUGAUAUCGGCCAGCUGAACGAGACGACACUGCGUUUUGUCGACGGACUCGGCUUCGACAAGAAUAACGUCGAACGACUAAUCCUCGAGGUCCCCGGUGGGCGUUUGUCCAACAACCGCCUCCAUGCGAGUGAUGAUACACUCAAAAUCAUGCACAGUUUAAUGUGUGUUUUAAAAGGAGAUGCCCAGACUCACGCCAAUGCAAGUCUGGUCACGUAUAAGCGGGUGAAGGCGUUUGGUGUACAGACGGUGCAAGACGUUGUUAUCCUUUCAGAAAUGUCACUCGGGGAUAAUUGCAAGUAUGCAUACAAAGAAGUAAUGACUGCCGCCGUCCCAGUCAACGAUAGCCACCGAAGCAAAUGGUUGCCUAUGUUUGAUCUUUUGGCAUAUUUAUAUGUGCAACUUAACGAACAGGUCAACAUCAUCAGGCGGCUUCAGGAAGAGCAUGAUGGGGUGCACGUUGUGGAUCAAAACAUGACUCUCAUUUCAACCUUGUAUGAGCAAUAG